UUCGUCUUCUUUUUGAUAAAAUGUUCGAGAGCUUAAUUAAUAGUUGAAAUUGUUAAUUAUUUUAUUUAUUACUGUUAACGCUAGUUUCAGUUUGAAUUCUUGCUUUGUUAUUUUUCAUUAUAAUAGUUUUAUUUUAUCCUCUUGUACUCGAAAGAUGAGUGUUAUCGAAGGCGUUGAUAAAGGAAAAGGGUCACGAAUGCAACUGAACAAAUCAUUGAGCAACACUGCACAGUGGGUCAAAUUGAACGUGGGAGGCACUUGCUUUAUGACUACAAAGUCUACAUUGUGCCGAGAUCCCAAUUCAUUCCUGUGCAGACUGUGUUCAGAGGAAUCCGAUCUCAUUUCCGACAUGGAUGAAACUGGUGCAUACAUGAUUGAUCGUGAUCCGACAUAUUUUAGUCCCAUUUUAAAUUAUCUUCGUCAUGGAAAAUUGGUUUUGAAUAAAAAUCUUGCGGAAGAAGGAGUGUUGGAAGAAGCCGAAUUCUAUAAUAUUACCGAAUUAAUAAACAUAGUAAAAGAAAGGAUAUUGCAAAGAGAUAAGAAACUUUGUUCUGAACAAGUGAAAAAACAUACUUACAGAGUGUUACAAUGUCAUGAAGAUGAACUUACGUGGAUGAUAUCAACAAUGUCAGAUGAAUGGAAAUUUGAACAAUUGGUGAACAUCGGAUCCAAGUACAACUAUGGAAAUUAUGAUCAAGCAGAAUUCCUGUGUGUUGUGUCCAGAGAAGAAGGUGUUGCUGACUCUCCAAAAACUGAAUCAACCGAUAAAGCAAAGGAAUUGCAACAACGAGCUUCGCGUAUGUGAUAUAUGCAGUCAACUAAAUCUGUAAUCAUGAGAGUAUGUACAUUCUUUAAGACAAUAUAUUAUGUAACCAAAGAUCUUUGCAGCAAAUCCGUUGUCCGAUUUGCAGCUGGCCGUCAGAAUGCUAGAUCCUAGCCUCAUAGCUUCUAUAUUAUUGUGCAUUAAUUUUACAAUAUAUGUAAUAUUGAGAAAAUCUAUAUAGACAUGCACAAACACAAAUACACGUACAUAAAAACAAAAGUACUUAAGUUCCAGAUUUGAAUAUUCACAUGUUUUUUAAUUGUUAUCACUACAUCUUCCAAACCUUAUAUUUUAUAUGGAAUUAAUAUGUAAUAUACUCUUUAUACUUUUAUGUUAUGACCAAUUUUAUAAAUUUAAUUGACAGCAUCGUAAUAAUAAAAUAGGAGCCUCUGAAUUUGCAAACAUUUUAUAAUCUCAUUUUUCAGAUUUAAAAUAAGCAAAAUCAAGUUAUUUUUUCUUCUCUUUCAUUUCAUUAAUUAUAUGUUUGAUUUUAGUAUAAUUAUUAAUAAAAUAUUACUCGAGGGCGUAUUGAAUGGGAGAAACUGGACAACAACUUCAGGCAAUAUACUAACAAAGAACUAUAAUAUUUAACACAGUUAUUUACUAUUUCUGAUUCCCUCCCUAAACUGAAAUUCGCUCUAUACGCUCUUGAUAGAACUGAAAGUCUGUAAAAAAAUUUAGAAUUAAUGUUAAGGUGCUUUGAAGUUUAAUAAAAAGCCAUUUUAUUAACCAUAUUUUACAUUUUAUUGCAUUGUUCCAUUGCAAUUCAUUUUUACCAUACUUUUUAAGAUUAUUUAAAUUUUUUUUAUUAAUUUUUAUGUCAUGGACCACUGGAUUAGUAUUGUAUUUGUGUUUAGAUUUUAAUAUUUCUUAUUUAAAAAUUGUAUCCAAAGUAUUGGAUAAA